AUGUCCUACGUGCGCACCGACAACUCCGACGACCUCACCGGCAGUCCAAUGGGUAUUCCCGUGGGAACUCCCCAUUCCCACGCGCAAUCCCACGCCACCAUCGGCGAGGCGCUGCGCUUCGCGGGAGGCUUCGGCCGCUUCCAGUGGCGCGUGCUCGGCGCGACGAUAUUCGUGUGGCAAUGCAACUGCUUCUGCGCGCUCCUCCCGGUGCUGCUGCUGCCGCGGCUAGAGACCGAGUGGGCGCUCAGCGACGCCGACCUCGCCCUCGUCAACUCGGCAUACUUUGUGGGCCAGUUCUGGGGCCAGCUCCUCGUCGGCCCGGCGAGCGACCGCUUUGGCCGGCGCGCUUGCGUCUGCCUGCUCGUCCCGGCUUCGUACCUCUCGGGCCUCGCCCACUUUGCGUGCGGUCAGCUCAAACAGCUCGUCGCCGUGCGCGCGGUGAGUGGCGCUGUCUCCGGCGGCAUGGUCAUCGCGGUGAGCGUCGUCGCGAUGGAACUGUGCCCCGCGGACAGGCGAGCUUUCGUCACCUCUGUCGGCUUCGCCGUCGGGUGGGUCGGCGGGCUCCUCCUCCUCGUCGGCGUCGACUGGCUCGCCGCCGACAGGCCGUGGCAGUGGCUCGCUGUCGCCGGCCUCCUGGCGCUUUCGGGCUUCGCUUGGUGCGCCUCGACGAUAGCCUACUACGGCAUCGUGCUGUGGCCAAUCUCGCUCGGCGACGGCUUGCGGCUCCAGACGACUCUCGGCGCGCUCAUCGAGCUCCCCGUCUACGUGGCGGUGCCGCUCCUGAGCAGGCGGCUCGGGCCGCGCAUCACUUGGGUAAUCUUCCUCGCCUUCGCCGCCGCCGUCUGCAACGACGCCUUCCCGACGGCAGCGCGCGGCUUCGGCGUGGCCGUCGCCUCCUGCUGCGGCCGGGUGGGGUCGGUGCUCGCGCCGCUCAUCGUGAACCUCAUGCCGGAAGAGGGCGGCUCGCGGAUGGCCGCCCUCGCGACGCUCGCGGGAGGGGGCGCCCUCGCCGCCUUUGGGCUGAGCCGCGCAGCCAGCGAGGCGAGCUGAUCAAGGCGUCGUCCCGUGGUGGCAGCGCUGGCAGCAGGGAGCAGUGUACUCGAAAAAAAGAGGAAAGAGCAAG